UAGGAUUGGAAACGACUGUUUUGAUUGUUGCAUUCCUUGUGUGCGGUAAAGAAAUACAUACUGACUGAACUGAAUAGACUACCCAACUCUCAUUCGACUGAAAAUGUCUAAACUACAGUUGUUGAGUGUGUUUUUAAAUGAGCGUUUAACGGCGGCUGCUGUGGAGAUUUUCGGGGCAGUUGAGAAAACUGUAGGAGAGUACCAGGAGGAGAAUGAUCGGCUACGGAGACUGCUGGGGAUCACUCCAGAGAUACGACAACGUAAAAUAGACUCCCUGCAGCUCUCUGUCUCUGAAGAGGAGGUUCCCCCUGAGCAGCAGCACUGUGAGCAGGAAUGGAGCCCCAGUCUGGGGCAUGAGGACCCAGAGCCCACACAGAUUAAAGAGAAACAGGAGGAACUCAGGACCAGUCAGGAGGAGCUUCAAGGUCUGGAGCCUGAUAUCAUAGAAUUCAAAUUCACUCCUUCCUGUGUGAAAAGGGAAUGUGAUCCGGAGGACCCACUUUGGUCCUUGACUCUUCCCCAAAUCCAGACUGUGGAGAACAGAGAGAGUCACUCUAAACCAGUGGAUCUCACACCCUUUGGAACUGUGACCCACAUUAAGGGUCUCAACAUUCCCUGUGACCUUCCAUAUAAUCGUAACAAUGCCUUCAGCCACAGUUCAGCUGUAAGCAGCGACCCAGUAGGACUUGACAGCAGCCCACCAUUUGAGCCUAGCCCAUCAUUGGAUCCCAACCCACCAAUGGCGGAACACUAUUCCAAACUCAGCACCACAUCUAUAAAAACUCACCACUGCCAUGACUGUGGUGAAAUGUUUCCUCUGAAAGCUGACCUGCAGAGACAUGUGACUUUUGCCAAGAAGAGAGUCAGCGAAUGCCACUUAUGCAGAAAACUCUAUAACUCCACCUGUAAACUGAAGGCCCAUGUCCAACUCUGUCAUGGUGGUAAACCCUGCACCUGCCCCUUUUGUGGAAAGGCCUUUAAACAAAAAGGACAUCUGUCCAGGCACAUGAAUAUUCACACAGGAGAGAAACCAUUUACCUGUGGUGACUGUGGGAAGAGCUUUAUUCAGAAGGGGGACCUAAGGAGACAUAUCCUGACUCACACAGGAAAGAAACCAUUCAGCUGUGGUGACUGUGGUAAAGGCUUCAUUCGCAAAGAGCACCUAACUGCACAUGUACGGACUCACACAGGAGAGUAAUCAUAUGGCUGCUCAGUCAGAGGUAAAAUAUUAAUUCAGAUGGUAAACGUGCUGACGCACGUAAGAUACAUCCACAUAGAAAGAAAAUAGGAUGAAAGCACAAAAAAGAAAGACAGUUAGGACAAAGAUCUCCUGUCAGGAGAUGGGAAUAAAAAGGCAGGAUGUGAACAACACUCUUAGGACAGCAAAGCUACUCUGGAUCAUUCCUGCUGUGGGUUUCAGAUAAAUAGAUACAUGAUGGAUUUACUUUAGUAAAAUGUUUUGUGUAAAUAAAGUUUGAUUUGAAUUAAAAGUUUAGGAAAUUAAAUAACAGUAGUGUCUG